AUGGUUCAGAUCCAAGCUGCGUCUGCGGCGCCGCUGCUGUUGGCCUUUUCCAGCUUGCUGUGCGGGGGGCUCUCUACACCGGUUCAUCCAGGCAGAAAAGUCCCCAAGCUCGGCGCGGUAGCUUCAGAGGCCGGAAUCUGUAGCAGGAUUGGAACCAGGCUGCUCGAGGAUGGCGGCAACGCGGUCGACGCCGUGGUCGGAACCGUCUUCUGCAUCGGCACUGUCGCCAUGUACCACAGCGGGAUCGGCGGCGGCGGCUUCAUGUUGCUCAGGACCAGCAACGGCACGUACGAGUUUGUCGACUUUCGCGAGACCGCGCCCGCCGCUGCGUUCGAGGACAUGUACAAGAACAAUACCCAGGCCAGCAUCCUUGGCGGGCUCGCGAGCGGUGUCCCCGGAGAGCUCAGGGCCACCGAGUACGUCCACAAAAAGUACGGCAAGCUCAGGUGGGCAGAAGUCAUUCGCCCGUCGAUCAAGCUCGCCAGGCACGGAUUCGCCGUCACGCAGGAUCUCGUCAAGUACAUGAACAGCGUGACGCCAAACAACAAGUUCUUGACCGAAGACCCAACCUGGGCCAUCGACUUCGCCCCGAACGGGCACCUCGUCCAGCUCGGCGAGACCAUGACGCGAAAGCGCUACGCCGACACGCUUGAGACGAUUGCGCAGCACGGCGCGGACGCCUUUUACACCGGCCCGAUCGCGAGGGCCACCAUCGCCGCGCUGCAGAAAGCAAACGGCACCAUGACGAUGGAGGAUCUCAAGAACUACACUGUUGCGCAUCGCGAACCGCUUUCCAUCAAGUAUCGCGGGUUCACUCUGACGAGCACCAACGCCCCGUCGGGCGGCGUCGUUGCGCUCAGCGCACUCAACACAGUCAGCGGCUACGAUGGCUUCGGAGACCCGGCGCAGAUCAAUCUGACUACGCAUCGGCUCGACGAGGCUAUUCGUUGGGCGUACGGCCAGCGCACGGAGAUUGGCGAUCCUUCGUUCGUGGACGGCAUGUCCGACUAUACGAAAAGCAUGAUCUCCGCCGAGACGGGCGCCACCAUUCGCUCCAAGAUUGUCGACGUGCGAACGCAGAAUGUGUCAUACUAUGAUCCUAAGGGUCUCGAGUCUCUCGAAACACCUGGCACGUCACACAUCGUGGCGGCUGACGCGACCGGGCUUUCCAUCAGCAUGACGACGACGGUCAACCUGCUUUUCGGCUCGCAGCUCAUGGUGCCUGAGACGGGCGUCAUCAUGAACAACGAGAUGAACGACUUUAGCAUCCCCGGCGUGAGCAACAGUUUCGGAUACAUCCCCAGCCCCGCCAACUUUGUGCGCCCCGGCAAGCGGCCGCUGUCCUCCAUCUCGCCCAUCAUUGUCGAGAAAAACGGCAAGCUGUAUCUCGCGGUCGGAUCUGCCGGCGGCAGCCGCAUCACGACUGCGACGAUUCAAAACGUGCACCACGUGCUGGACCAGAACAUGACCAUCGCAGAGGCGCUCGCCGAGCCGCGGCUGCACGACCAGCUCAGCCCUGAUGUCGUGUCUUUCGAGUAUGCGUACGAUAAUUCGACCGUGGCGUACAUGAAGUCGCUCGGCCACAACGUGACGUGGGUUGCCCCGGGGCAGAGCACCGCUCAAGGGCUGCGCCUGUUGCCGAACGGUACUUUUGAGGCUGCGGGUGAGCCGCGACAGUAUGCUUCUGGAGGUUACGCAGUGUAA